UGCUAGGGCUACCAAAACUGGGAUGAACUAGCACCUGUGAACUAGAACAGCAGGGAGUAUGCUUAGAGUGCCUGGUCCUGGGUGUGGAGAAGAAAGGCCAUCAAGGUAGAUGCGGGUGGGGAACAGCUUGAGAGAGGAGGCAAGGACAACCCAGUUGCUGUCUGAAGGGGCCUCUAGUUGACCCUGGAGCUUCUGUCCCUAAACACAGGCCUCACAGGAUUCUUUCUGUCCUCUUGCACUGGGCAGAGUUUCCCUAACUUCCUCUGUUGCACAUUGCCCUUCUCUCACACCCCGUGUGGUCAGAAAGCCCUUCCUCAACUCUGACUUCAGUUCUUGCUGCGGUUUCUGCCGAUUUUUUUUUCAUAUCCUCUGCCUGACAGCUGCGGGGUCAACUCUGCUCUGGCUUUUCUCCAAGCAGAGCAAGUGGGGGCUCUGGAAAGGUUAAGGGACCUCAGUGGCCACCAUUACACUUUGCAUCUUUCCUGAGAAGUGAGAGUUGAAAGGGAAGCAGGAAGGCCCAUGGUCAGAUUGAAGGAAGGACUUUUUAGUUUUUUUUUUUUUUUUGAGACGGAGUCUCGCCCUGUCAUUCAGGCUGGAGUGCAGUGGUGCGAUCUCAGCUCACUGCAGCCUCCACAUCCUGGGUUCACAUGAUUCUCCUGCCUCAGCCUCCCAAGUAGCUGAGACUACAGGCACAUGCCACUACACCCAGCUAACUUUUGUAUUUUUAGUAGAGACGGGGUUUCACCACGUUGGCCAGGCUGGUCUCAAACUGCUGACAUCAAGCGAUCCGCUCCCCUCAGCCUCCCAAAGUGCUGGGAUUACCGGUAUGAACCACCACAACUGCCAGGAAUUUUUAGUUUUUAGCUUUUGCAGGAGACUUCAAGGAAAGGAGACGUUCCUCUGUCCAGGAAACAGGGAAGGGGACCAUUUCUGCAUUGCUGGUUUCCCCUCUUGUCAGGGUGGGCAUGAGGCAUCACUGUUCCUGCUCCCUCACUCCUGCUCCUCAUGCUCAGCCUGCCUAGCUCGGCCUCAACUUUGUGUGUCUAAAGUGGAACUGAAUAGUAGGCUGUGGGAAGAUAGGAAAGAGGUGGUGCCAAUCUCCUUGCCCAGAUCAUAAAUCCAGACUCAGCAGGGUAACCACAUAGGCAAGCACAAGGCAGGUGCCUGGGGAAAGGGGAAGUAAUUGGCAUUCUGUGUGAUACCAAGGAGACCAUUUGGAUUUUGGCUUCUACCAAAGAGAAUGGAGAAUUGGUUGACCUAAAUGGAACCAAUCCCUUUAAGUAAGGGGAGGAAAGGGGGUGCUGGAAGAUGGCCCUCUUCCCACGACUAGAUCAUAGCUUGAACUGAAGCCAAGGACAGACUGCUGCCCCCUUCGGCAUUUACUGGCGUGCCCUCUUUAAAUCAUGAUGUUGUCUAACCCAAACCCAGACCCAGGACCUAGUCACAGCUCCAACCUACACUUCCUAUUAAUCUUAAAAACAAAAACAAAGAUAUCAGCAUUGUAGCCUCUCAAUCUGAGCCCAUUUCCCUUCUCUGGCUACCAUACCUCCUUCUCCUAUAUGAUACCAUUCACUACUUUGUUCAAUUCUCCAGUCUAGACCUGCAUCUUGAGGCCACACCCAGCCUACUCACUCCCCGCACCCCUCUUUCCUCUCUCACUGCUCCUUCCUGGUCUCAUCUGGCCCCACCUCUGAGGAGUCCUCCUGCCUUCUGGGUUGCCCUGGAACACAGACUAUCCCCCCUCGUACUGAAGGGAGUGGGUAGGGGUUUCAGCCCCACCCUCAGGAAGAUGCGUCUUCCCUGUCCUCUGCUCCGUGGUACUUCCUCUCUGGCUGAUUUAGCAAACAGCACCUAGACCUGGGGCCAGGCCCUUGGCAGUGGCACAGAUCCAGGGAUAGGCUACACCACCCUGCCCUAAGCCUGGGAUUGGCAUCAGCUUCCAACCAGUUCCUGCCAAAGCUUGUAAGUUUCCUGGGAGCGACCAUGGUUGUGGUGGUGGUGGGACGGUGUGCAGCCAUGAAAGAAGGUGCAAAGGAAUCUCCAAAGAAAGCCUGACCAGUGUAAAAAGUUGGGAGGCUUUGUCGUUGUCACUUGUCCACUAACUCCUCCCCUCCCUGUUAUUCCUGGUUGACCCUGGGCAUCUCUGGGGACAGUAGGCAGGUGAUUGGGAAAGUUAAUGGGAUUGAGGGGCUGAGGGCCGGGCAGGGGGCAAAAAGACUGGCCUUUCAAGGGGUGCAGCAUUGGUAGGAACUCUCAGUUUGGUUCUGGGCUUUAGGGUCUCCUAAGGGGAGGAGACUGAAAAGGUCUGGAAAUGCUGCUGCUGCUGUGGUCACUGUAUAUUUUGCAAUUGGGUCUGUGGGCAGGAAGGGGCCCCAUGGCCCAGUUAGGAAACUAGUCUUUGUACUCAACCAGAUCCCUUUAAGAUGUCAGUCUGCAGCGAUGGGGGCAGUAUAUUUCAGGGGGACCUCUGAUGCUGCUGACCCUGGAGAUAGACUAGAGUUCUCAGCCUAGGUGUGUUCAUGGCGUCAGGAAACCCUUGGUCCUCUACUCUCAUGCGUGUGUCCGCCCUCACUCUCCAGGUCCUCCCGACGGCCAUGAACACUACAUCUUCUGCAGCACCCUCCUCACUAGGUGUAGAUUUCAUCUCUCUGCUUUCUAUCAUCCUGCUGUCAGUGGCGCUGGCUGUGGGGCUUCCCGGCAACAGCUUUGUGGUGUGGAGUAUCCUGAAAAGGAUGCAGAAGCGCUCCGUCACUGCCCUGAUGGUGCUGAACCUGGCCCUGGCCGACCUGGCUGUAUUGCUCACUGCUCCCUUUUUCCUUCACUUCCUGGCCAAAGAAACCUGGAGUUUUGGACUGGCUGGUUGCCGCCUGUGCCACUAUGCCUGCGGAGUCAGCAUGUACGCCAGCGUCCUGCUUAUCACCGCCAUGAGUCUAGACCGCUCACUGGCAGUGGCCCGCCCCUUUUUGUCCCAGAAACUACGCACCAAGGCGAUGGCCCGGAGGGUGCUCGCAGGCAUCUGGGUGUUGUCUUUUCUGCUGGCCACACCCGUCCUCGUGUACCGCACAGUAGUGGCCUCGGAAAAGAACUCGAGCCAGUGCUUCCCACAGUAUCCCAGCGAAAGGCACCGGGCCUUCCAUCUAAUCUUCGAGGCCGUCACGGGCUUCCUGCUGCCCUUCCUGGCUGUGGUGGCCAGCUACUCGGACAUAGGGCGCCGGCUGCAGGCCCGGCGCUUCCGCCGCAGCCGCCGUACCGGCCGCCUGGUGGUGCUCAUCAUCCUGACCUUCGCCGCCUUCUGGCUGCCCUACCACGUGGUGAACCUGGCCGAGGGGGGCCGCGCGCUGGCCGGCCAGGCCUCCGGGUUCGGGUUCGUGGGGAAGCGGCUGAGACUGGCCCGCCACGUGCUCAUCGCGCUCGCCUUCCUGAGCAGCAGCGUGAACCCUGUGCUGUACGCGUGCGCCGGCGGCGGCCUGCUGCGCUCGGCGGGCGUGGGCUUCGUCGCCAAGCUGCUGGAGGGCACGGGCUCCGAGGCGUCCAGCACGCGCCGCGGGGGCAGCCUGGGUCAGACCGCUAGGAGCGGCCCCGCCGCUCUGGAGCCCGGCCCUUCCGAGAGCCUCACUGCCUCCAGCCCUCUCCAGUUAAACGAACUGAACUAGGCCUGGUGGAAGGAGGCGCACUUUCCUCCUGGCAGAAUGCUAGCCCUGAGCCAGUUGCGUACCUGCAGGAGGAGCAGGGGCGUGGAGGGCGUGGGAGCGUGGGAGGCGGGAGUGGAGUGGAAGAAGAGGUAGAGGUGGAGCAAAGUGAGGGCCGAGUGAGAGCGUGCUCCAGCCUGGCUCCCACAGGCAGCUUUAACCAUUAAAACGGAAGUCUGAAAUUUAGUCAACCUUGUGAGUGGGGUACGUGUGCUGUGGGUAUCGGGGUGCUCGUGGGAGCCCUGGUGGGGCCCCUCUCAGUAGUUGAGAGUCGCGUCCUUUAGUUCCCCAUGAUUUACAAUUUUGGAAGGGACACAAAGAGACAUAGACUGCCCCCAUCCCAGAUGAUUCCGAGUACAUAGUCUGCAGAUAAUACUUAGCAAAACGCAGUCUACAGACUCCUAAAGCAGCUUGUUUAGGAAGACCACCCGUGUGGGCUUAUCACUCCAGGUUCUGUGACUCAGGGGACCUUCUGAGAAAACAGCACUGCUGUGAAACAUCUUCCCUGAAGCCUGUGAUAAGUCUCCUUGUUAGCAUGACUCCAACUUCCUGCCAAUAAUCUUUGUCCUCUCCGUAGGAGAUGUUCUAGGGGAUGCCUUCCUUUCCUCCAUUUCACCAAGAGGCCAGACUUGAGGACUAAGUCAUUAGAUCUUAUCCCUUAGAAUUCUGCGUAUCAGCAUCUGCUAACCGCCACAACACACCCUGGCACAGGGUGGGGCUGAGGGCCCCAGGAAACAAAGAUUCCCAAAAGUGAGAGGGAUGAGUCAUUAUUUCCUAGAGAUGACUGUUGUUUUAGAGAAGCUUGCGCCAACUCUGUUCUGACAAGGUUUUAGCAAGAUGGCAACAACAGUGGCAGCAGUGUACUUUUUGGAUCUUUCUCAUAAAAAAACAAAAGAGCAAGUUAGAGAGGGAAACCAAAUAUCCACAUGCAACAUCCGCAACAAACCUAGUAUGUCAAGGUUUGACAUACUCCCAUGGACCCCAGAGUAUGAGCCAGUGAGAAUGAGUCAUCAAUACCUCAAGACCCAUAUACCAGCAUCUGUGCAGAAGGAUGAAGAAGGAAGCAAAGGGAUGUUGGAUAGACCUAAGAAGAGGAGAUCCCCAAGCUGUCUACAGAUCCUUACUGGAAAGUAUGGUGUACCAAUUUGAGAACAGCAGCUGAAACUGGGAGGGACCUAACAGUAUUGCCCAGGCCUCUCGCCCAUUCUGUAUGGUGAGCACAUAAUAGGUACUUAUUUAGUGUUUGUUGAAUGAAUAAAGUUCAAAUGACAUUUCCCUGGAGAUUCUUCCGGUAUUUGUGAGUAGGGGGCAAGAAAGGGCAAAUUUUUGUUUUGAGUCAUAUGGCUAAAUUCUUUAUGGUUCCAAGGUGUACAAAAUACUAGAAUCAAGUUGGCAGAGAGGCUGAGGGAGUUCUCUUCCUGAGCUUGUGAAAAAAGUCACCCCCUUUCAACAUGCUCAGUCUCACAUGCAUGCAUGUGUGCAGGCAUGUGCACACACAUACACACACACACUCGCACUAAAAUUGGCCUGGGAAGAAUACUUCCCACUGAAGGGCAAGGAGAAGGUGAUCCCCAGCUAUAUCAGCAGCUUCAGACAUCAAUGGAUUCCA